AUGGUGCGUAUGGACGUACUGGCAGAUGCUUUAAGGUCAAUCAGCAAUGCAGAAAAACGAGGGAAACGUCAAGUGCUCAUACGCCCCUGUUCUAAAGUCAUCGUGCGGUUCUUGACUGUCAUGAUGAAGCACGGCUACAUUGGCGAGUUUGAAAUCGUUGAUGACCAUAGGGCCGGCAAAAUCGUAGUGAAUUUAAACGGAAGAAUUAAUAAGUGUGGUGUAAUUAGUCCGCGAUUCGAUGUUGGAAUCCGGGAUAUCGAAAAAUGGACAGCCACAUUGCUUCCUUCGCGACAGUUCGGGUUCCUCGUGUUCACAACAUCAAGUGGCAUCAUGGACCACGAGGAGGCGAGAAGAAAACAUUUAGGUGGCAAAAUUUUGGGAUAUUUCUUCUGA